AUGCAAAUAACUGAAGUUGAUACAUUACUAAGUGGUAAUGAAAAAGUACUUUGGACUCUUAAGAUUAAUGAAGACCAGCAAAUUGGGAAUUUAAAAGUUGAUCUUCGUUACACUAAACUAACAACAGAGGAAAUCGAGAAAAUUAGUCAGAAAGCUGCAACUGAUUGGAAUGAACUGGGUGGUCUUCUUGAAAUACCUAUUGAACAACGUCAUGAAAUUAAUGUUAACCACAAAAGUUUUCCAAAUCCUUCCGCAAAGGCUAAAAAGAUUUUGGAGGUCUUUAAUGAACGAACAGAUUUCGAUCGACAUUUAUUGAAGAAAUGCCUUGAAAAAAAAUAUCUUUAUUUGGAUGAAAUUUUGGCUCCCACAAAACAGACAAGCAGAAAUGAAGAUGUUUUAACUACUCGGGAAAUAUGUCAACUGAGUUGUCGUAUAGCAAGUUUCUGGGAUACAAUGGCUUUCUUGAUGAAUUUGGAAAUUUAUGAAAUUAAGAAUGUGCAAACAGAUACGAAUUAUGAAAAUGAACAAAUAAAGGCAGAGAAAAUUUUGUCAAUCUUGUCCAACAAGUGUAAAACUGAAUUUCGGAGCAAGCUAGUGGAGACCUUGAAAUGCAUGAACCAAUGUACUUUGGCUGAUUCGAUUUUGAAUUACGAGUGGAAACAGCUGCAAUGAAGGUAAAGAUUUUUUUAAGUGUAGAAAU